UUUGCCUUCUACUCCCCUCUCUCUCUCUUCAUUACAUUCUCCUUCCCUCUCUCAUUCUUUAUAAUAUGCUUCUCCAAACAGUAUUACGAACUCGUACUCCUUUACGUACCACCAUGAUGAAGACAGCAUCUUAUUCAGCUUUAAGAGUUCAACCCACUGCCAAAUCCGUUGCUUCUCAAACUGAACAAGCACCAAACCGUCUAGACACCUGGGCUCCUGAUCAACGUCCUAAGAAGGAUGCAUUGGUUGGUCCUCGUUUUGAACAAACUGACUUGUCUACUCAACCUAAUCCUAUGGCCGCUAUCGAUCUUAUUGCUGAAGAACCUAUUCGAAUUGUCAACCAACGUAUUGUAUCUUGUGAUGGUGGUGAUGCUGCUCUUGGUCAUCCCAAGGUUUAUAUUAAUUUGGAUAAGCCUGGUGCUCAUGCCUGUGGAUAUUGUGGCAUCCGAUUCCAAAAACCUGAAGAUCAUCACCAUUAGAUUGUUUAUAUUCGUUCAUAUAAUAAAGUAUACAUCCGCCUAUCUUUGUCUUGUCUCAAUAUUUAAGUAUCUUUUAUCACUUGCUUGGGCUUUAUAUGAUGAUGGUGGAGGUGGCUUGAUAGGGAAUGUGAUGAUAGUAUGAUUUCUUUAUAUGGAUGUGAAAGUGUAUAUGUUUACGAUGCUGGAUUGAAAUCUCUUGUCAUAUAGUAUAGAAAAUCAUGGAUUAAAGCAAAAGAAAUAAGUAGACCUAUGUGGGACAAGGUCCUCCU